GUCUGGGCAAGUCGUCAUUACCAAUGAACCUCCUGAAGGCGUAGUUUGUCAAUUGUUUCUCAAACUUCUAUUCGAUACAAUGCACUUCAAUUGUGUGGCGCGACUUUCGAAACUGCAGCACUCAGUUCUGCUUCGUUGAUCAACUGAGCGGAUGAAUUUAGAUUUACCAGAACUACAGAGUCCGAAGGGGAAAAGGGAAUUUCCUCGAUGUUCAGCGUUUCUAGACCACAGUAGACAUAGGACAUGCAAUCGACUGGAAGACGUGCGUUAAACAGAACUCCAGCUUUGGAGUCCGCUUCUGGAUGUCUAGACUCUGCUAGAAUCGUCUAUCCUUUGUCAGCCCGCUGCUUCAAGUUCUGUUUGCGGCGCAGCAGCUCUACUGUCUCCGUGAAUAUAUACGCCUCUCACCCCACUUCGUGAUGAAGCCAUAGCAACAAGCUUUACAAACACAGCACAAAAGCGUGAACCACAAAAAUCAUCAGGACUUUCUUCACGUACAAUCCGAACGACGAGAAAGAAACAAGAUAGCAAACGCAAUGGCAUCUCCAGUCACCAUCAACUCGACAUCCCAGUUCCACCAGCUGCUCAAGUCGAGCACCUUCGUGCUGGUCGACUUCCACGCGACGUGGUGCGGGCCCUGCCACGCCAUCCGACCCGUGUUCGAGGCGCUCGCGAAGCAGCACUCCGCGCCCAACUUCACAUUUGCAAAGGUCGACGUGGACGCGCAGCAGCAGCUGGCCCGCGAAUACUCCAUCACGGCGAUGCCAACCUUCUUGCUUAUCAAGGACGGAAAGGUGGUCGAGACGGUGCGGGGCGCGAACCCGCCGGCGCUGAAGCAGGUCGUCGAGCGAACGGCGACGCAGGCCAAGGCGGAGAGCGCCAGGAAGGCCGAGGAGGCGAGGAAAGCUGAGUCGGCCAAAAGAACCGAUACCGGCUCGCAGGAACCAAACAACGUGAGCGUCAGCGGUAGCUAUGGUAUCACCAAGGGCUCGGAGUGGAAGAUGAGCCUGCGGUAGAGAAACCGCUCCUAGCUUGAUCCCAAGAGUCAAGUUUGUUCGACAAAUAGGAAGGUCUCUGCUCUUGUACCGCUUCUGUCCCAAGAAAAAGAAAAAACAAAACAGAAGGAAGCACUUCUCAUGAAUUACGAAUAUGUGUUAUUAUUUUGCUGUCACCGCGGGGCGGUUGCAAGAUUAUAAAUGUACGUGGCGGGUUUCUGGCGUUAGAUUUUCCACAUCAGAAUAUUCAAAUUCAAUCAGAACAAGAACGACUUGACAUGACAUUUCAUGCGUUUCAUGAACAUGCCCGCUGAGUUAAUGGCCAAGCCGCUCCGUUUUUCU